GUACAAUAUGUAUGAUUAGUAUUUUAUAUACUAUACGAUAUCGGACAUGGCUUCAUAAUUGGAGAGCAAGCUAUAUUUGAUGGUCAAAUGAAAAUGGUCAUAAUUAAUUAGGAGGUACUCAUAUAAGAUUACCUCGGCAAUAUUAAAUUAAUGGAUGCAAUGGAUACAAUUUCAUCAACAGCCAAUAAGCUGUUAAAAGAAUUUUCUUUAGACAAUAGAUAUGAAGUAAUAUCAUUGACUGCUUAUGAGGGGAAAAUAAACAUUCAAGAAAAUAUUAACAACUUCUUAGAUAAGGAAUUUAUUGAGUGUAAAAGCUGCAAAAGUGAGAGAGUUAUAACUGCCAGCAUAAAAAACCAUUUGUUGAUAGAACUACUAUCAUUACCUACAGAUCUAGAAGCAUCAAUAAGCAUAUCCAAUCUGAGUGAUAUAGGAGCAAUCCAAAACAAUUAUGCAGGAGAAGUCCAUUUGUAUUUAGAUGAUAUUCCAAAAACAAUAAAAAUUAAUGAUAUUUAUUUUUUGAGAGGAGCUAUAGGGUUUUGUGGACAAGACCGGUGGGGAUUAAGAGUGACCACAGGACACUAUAAAGCGUUUGCAUACAGAUCAAAUGACCAAUGGGAAGUGUAUGAUGAUCUCAGAGAUGGCAUAUCAUUAAAUACAAAAAAGAAGGAAAAUAUUGAAAUGCUAUUGUAUUCAAAAUAAAUUGUAAAUAUAAAACGUCAACAUUUCGAAUUAAUUUUUAUUUAAAUAUAUUCCGUUUCCAAUUAAUACGUGAGGUGCUCAACAGGCAUGUGACAUUUAUGUAAAAUAAAAAAAAACAUAGUUAUCUUACUACAAUUAUUAGCAAUUAAUUAAAAAUAAUGCUAAAGAACACUUUACUGAAAAUUAGAGUGAAUUAGUAAAGUAUAAGUUUAACUUAUUUAACUAUAAAAAUUGUAUUCAAUGUAAAUAAUAUAAAAGUAUACUAAAAUUAAAUAAAUAAAAUUACAGGUAAAUCAAUAUAAAUUAAAACGAUAGUCUGUCAGUUCAUACUACUAAGUAUAUAUUUUUAGUAUACAUUUAUAUUGCUGUAAUUAAUUGUAUUAAUCGAAACUUCUCUUUAGAUCUAAAUAUAUCACCUCAUAUUUCUCAAUUGGUAGUAAAAUGAGGCUAUUUCAGCAAUAAUCAAUAGUUUGUCAACAAUUUGG